AUGAACCGGGAGUUUCUCCUUCGAGUGUCCUACCUCGAGAUUUACAACGAGGAGAUCAACGACCUGCUGGCUCCCGACAACCGGCGGCUUCAGAUUCACGAGAGCUCGGAGAGAGGCGUCUUCGUCGCUGGGCUCCACGAGGAGAUCGUCAUGUGCCCGGACCAAGUGCUUGAGCUGCUCAGCGUCGGAGAGACGAAUCGGUCAAUCGGAGAGACGAAGAUGAACGAGAAGAGUAGUCGCUCCCACGCCAUCUUCCGCAUGGUGCUUGAAAGCAGGGAGAUCCCGGAGGACGGGGCUACAGAGGCUGCAAGUCCUGUUCUCGUCUCCAGUCUGAACCUGGUUGACCUUGCCGGGUCAGAGAGGGUGGCGAAGACGGGCGCUGAGGGGUCACGGCUGAAGGAAGGCGCGCACAUUAACAAGAGCCUGAUGACGCUGGGGACAGUCAUUAACAAGCUCAGUGAAGGCGCUGAUAGGAACGGGGCGCACAUCCCGUACAGAGACAGCAAGCUCACGCGCAUCCUGCAGCCAGCGCUGGGUGGAAACACCAAGACGGCCAUCAUCUGCUGCGCCACUCCUGCUCUGCGGCAUGAGGAUGAGACGCACGGAACUCUACGGUUCGCCCUCAGAGCGAAGUGCAUCACCAAUUGCGCUAAAGUCAAUGAGAUCGUCACCAACAACGUGCUGCUCAAGCGGCAGGCGAAGGAGAUCGAGGACCUGCGGCGCAAGCUGGAGGCAUCCCACUCGCCUGAGAUGGAGCAGGAAAUUAUGAAGCUGCGGAAUGCAAUGCUCAAGAUGGAAUCGGAGAAGGAGGUGAUAGCGCUGCAGCUGCAGGAGGAGAGGGCGGCGCACUCACAGAAGGAGCAGCGCAUCAAGGAGCAGGAGAGGAAGAUUGAGAACCUCAGCACGCUCGUUAUUAAGGCCGCUGCUGGGGAGAGGCAGAAUGACCGGCGGCCAAAGAAGGGCAACCGCAGAGAAUCGUGGUGCCCCAAUGCUCGAGUGGAGAGCAGCCCAGCAGGAAACAAGGACAAUCCGCCUGGGGGAAUCAAGCGCCUGGCAUUCAUGCGCCGUGCCAUGGCCUUCAAAGAGGACGAUGAGGAAGAGGAGGACGAGAAGGACGAGAAAGAUGACAAGGAUGUGAAGCCAGAGAAGGUUCAGGAGGUGAAUGGGGCUGCGAGGAAGAGGCGGAUCAGCAGUGUGCAGAAGCUGGCAGCACUGUGGGAGACGAGUGGGCCCAAGGAGGUUAAGGAAGAGGAGGAUUCUGACAAGUUUCAGGACGGCCAGCUGUUUCAAAGUGAAGGGCGGUUUGGGUCUGGGGUCGCCCAGGAUGAGAGUGCCCGUGAUGGGUCGAAGAAGAGGCGGGCUGCACCGUCCUUUGGAGAUAAAGAGAAAGAGGAGUCGUCGCCUGUGGCAAAGAAACCUUUGCGUGGUGUGACCAUUAGCAGCACCCUGUCAGCACAAUGGAGCGAAGGGCAUGCAAAGCAGCUAGCAGAGAAGGACGCGCUUAUUGCGCAGCUGCAAGCACAGGUAGCCGCCAUGCAGGCCACGGUGGGCGGAGGAGGAGGAGGCACAGGAAUAAGCACAGAAGGAGGAGGAGGAGCAGCGGUGAUGGUCGCAGGCAGUGGUGCCGAGACGAGGAGGGAGGUGGGAGAGGGAGGGGAGAAGGAUCCGGAGGCGUUGGCUGCAGGGUCGGGCCAGGAGAGGCGGUCAAAGAGCAUGGGCACCCCCGCUAUGCUGGCACACGGGCUUCAGGCUAAGGUGGCAGCUCUGGAGAUGGAGAAGGCGUGCAUGCAGAGGGAGCUGGACUAUGUGACACAGCAGGCCAAGGCACAGGCGAAGGAGCAAGCGGAGGAGCAAGCAAGCAGCAUGCAGAAGCAACAGCAGCUUCAGGAGGAGCUUGAGGAUUGCAAACGGCAGCUAGAGGAGGCACAAGCAGCUGCCAAUGCAGACACCCCCCCCUGCAACAACUGCAGCGCACUGAAGGAAGCACUGGAAUCAGCCAACUCUCAGCUAUACGAAACAGAGCAUCUGCUACAGGAAGCCACUGCCGAAGCAGCUCAAGCAAGAUCCGGCCCCACAGGAGCAGCGGGACAGCUGCUGGCGAAGCAGAGGGAGCUGGACGCAGCUGUAUGGGAGGCGUCUCAGUUGAAGAGACGGGUGGAGGAGCUAGAAGCGAAUGUGAUUGCAGUGGAAGGGGUGCUGCUGGAGGUGAGCGGGGAGAAGGACGGCUUGGAGGAGGAGGUGGGUCGGUUGAAAGCACUGCUGGCGGAAGGAAGAGCGGGGACAGGCAGGGAUGAUGCGACUGGGAAGGAAUGUGAUGUGAGCGGACUGGAGGAGAUGGGGAGGUUGAGGGAGGUGGUGGAGGCGAGGGAGAGAGAGCUGACGUCCCUCCGUGAAGCUGUGAGGAGGCUUCAGGCGGAUGUUGCACAGGCUCUUGGGGAUCCUGCCCCUGUCCCCGCCCUCGACACAGUGAACAACGGUAGCAGUAUGGAGUCAGGUGCAGGUGCUGGGAGGGCAGUGGUGGGGGAGAUGAGAGACCUGUGCGCGGCUGUAGGGCGGGUGACCUCAGCCUUAGCUGCUGCCAGGAGUGAGACGGAGGAUAUGAGUCUUCAGCUGAAGCAGGCGGGGGAGAGGGAGGCAGAGAGCGAGAAGAAGGUAGCAGAGGCUACAGCUGCAGCAGCAGAGAGCGCCAGGAAGCUGGCUCAGGCUCAGUCGCAGAUGAAGGGAGGAGAGGCGGAGGCGGCGGUGGUAACCAGGCUGCAAGCGGAGCUGGAAGAAGCAGGGAGGGAGCUAGAAAGGGCGGUGGCUGCCCGGGAUACGGUGGAGCUGAAUCUGUUGACUGCGAGACGAGAGGCAGAUGCAAGGGCUGCUGAGAGUGCGAGGCAGGUGGGGGUGCUAGAGGAGAGGAUUACAGUGUUGGAAGGGGAGGUUGAGCGGGAGAGGGAGGAGAGGAGGAUGUGGGAGGAGAGGGCGGGGGAGAGAGAGGGAGAGGUGCGGAGGGCGGUGGGGGAGAAGAGGGAGGCGGAGGAGAGGCUGGAGGGAGUGAGAAGGGAGGUGGAGGAGAUGAGUGCGAGGUUGGGGGAGAAGGAGAGGGAGCUGGGUGCUUUGCAGGAGGAGCUCAAGCUGGUUCUGAAAGAAAAGGACGCAACGAGCCAGAGGGCGGACCAAGUGGCAGCGGAGCUGGAGGCAGCAAGGGCCUCAGCGACCGAGGCUCAGCUGCAGCUCGAGGCGUGUAGGCAGCAGCAUGCGGAAGAGCUGGCUGAAGCACGCAAGGAGCUUCUCACUACCAAGAAGGAGAUGAGCUCCCUCAAGGGCAAGCCAGGAGCAGCCGAGCGUGAGAGGGACCAGCUGAGGAAAGAAGCCGAGAAGCGGAAAACCAAGAUGCUGGACCUAAAGGCUAAGCUGAAGGCGGUACAGGCAGAGAAGCUGGCUCUGCAGGUGGAUAAGGCGAACCUGGAGCGCGAGGUGAAGAGCCUGCGGAACCAGAGCAACCAGCUGGCGCGGGAUUUGAGCAAGAGGGAGCAGGUGGAGGAUAAGCGGAGGGAGGUGCAGGCGAAGGCUGUGCAGGCUGACAGGCAGCUGGCGGCUAUGGCGGGGGAUAUUGAGGAGAAAGAGAGGAUGAUUUCGAGCUUGGAGGCAGCAUUAGAAGGUGCAGAGAGCGAGAGGGACGAGCUGAGGCUGAGGGUGGCGGCAGCAGCGGAGGAGGGCGAGCAGCUGCAAGCGGAGGUGGACGCGGGGCAGGCGGACCUGCAAGAGGUGCUCGCAGACUUUGAGACGGCCACCACGCAGAUCAAGGCCUUGCAGGAGAUUCGCCAGGAGCUGACGGAGCAGUGUGAGGAGCUGGAGAGGGGUAAAGCGGAGGCAGAGGCAGCUGGGAAGGAGGCAGAGGGGAAGAUUGUGGCGCUGCAGGCAAGGAUUCAGCAGGCAGAGGAGGAGAAGCGACAGCUGGAGGCAGACAUCGCUGCAGCGCGGAAGGAGCACUCUGAGCUAUCUGCACAGCACAAGGAGGCAGUGCAGGAUCUGGAGAAGGAGAAGGCGAGAGUGGCCAAUUUGGAAGGCGAUCUCAGAGCAGAGAGAGCCAAGAGCGAGCGUCUUGGAAAGCAGGCGGACGAGGUGGUGGCGAUGGAGAGCAAGCUGAACGCAGCGAAUGAGAGGAUAGCGGGGCUGCAGAGGCAGGUGCAGGAGCGGGAGGAGCAGGUGGAGCAUCUGAAGCAGGAGAGGAGGGAGGCGGAGGAGGAGGCGCGAGCAGAGGGGGAAGGAGCUGCCCUGGCUGUGAAGCGGGAGCUGGCCUCGCUGCAGAACAAGUACAGCGCUCAGAAGAGUGUGUGGCGCAAGGCCUUUGCAGAGAAGAAGGAACGGGUCGAGAAUCUCACGCUUGCAGAGGCGGUAAAUCAGAGGGAUGAGCUGCAGCAGGUGCUGGAUUCGAAAGAGGAGGCGUGGGAGGAGAGAGGGGAGAAGGAGAAGCAUCGGGAUGAGCUACGCCAUAACCUUGUUUCUUCUCUUUUCCACCCCGCAUUCACAUUCAACCAGCUGGCAGAGGCGGAGAAGCAGAGGGAUGAGCUGCAGCAGGUGUUGGAUUUGAAGGAGGAGGCGUGGGAGGAGAGGGAGGAGAAGGAGAAGCGUCUGCAGCAGCUGGAGCUGGAUGUGAAACUGUAUGAGGUGAACCAGAAGGACUACCUCAUGCAGAUAGAGUCACUGGAGAAUCAGCUGGAUGUGAAGCUGUAUGAGGCGAAUCAGAAGGACUACCUCAUGCAGAUAGAGGCACUGGAGAAUCAAGUAAGCGGUCGGGGGUUAUGA